CUGUCAUGUUCUCGUAGCGUCAGAAUAUCACGUCAGUGUGUGUUGGCGUUCCGAGCGUACUUUGAAUUUUUCACUUGGGCGGUGUGUUACUGUCGAAUCAUGUGUAUCUAUCGGAAAGCAGUGAUGAUGCAGAUCUGGUGAAGCUAUGUUUGCGGAUACGGUCAAGCGUACGGUUGCAGCAGUCGCAAAUGAGGAAGAUACAAAUUAUGGUCGGAAACUGAGUGUGUCUGACACAUCCCUAUUUCGUGAGGGCCUAUUGCACACCGCAUCAAGCUUCUUUCAUGCACGAUUUUUCUCCUUGCGACAAGCAUUGGAUACAAAGACGAUCUCCCGUUGUGUUAGUGGCGUGUGUGAAGGAAUACGUCAAACUGCCCCAUCCGACGAUACUCAGAACACACACAAGUGCCGUGCUCUGCUGCCUUCAGAAUUUGCACAUGUUCUUUCGUUACACUAUUCGACUAAGCUGGACACAGUGUGUCAACCGUGUUUCAAUUUAUGUAGAGAGCGGUUUUGCUCGAGGACUUCGCUAUUGGGUUUUGAUAUCAAGUGGUGGGAUUAUUGAUCCGAUCUGCGGCCUGUUUCUGAUACAAUUGUGCUCCAGUAUAUUGAAGAGCUUCGAUUUGUCGCUGGCUUCUUCUGUUGCUUCCGCUACGCAACCAUUACCGAUCGUUUGGAG